UCGAUAGAUUAAACAUUUCGACCGAGCUUGAAGCUGUGCAGUAACGAAUGUGUAUUUAGAUUACAAAGAUAUUCUGUGACAUGUCACACGUCGCCAAGAUAACACGAAGCAGCGUCUGAGGGAAUACAGGACUCUAGUGUAAGGAUCUGACGUGACUUCGGCGCACUAACUAACAUGGAGACCGCCAUCUUGGGUGGAUUAACCUGCAACAUGAUGUGAUUGAAAGUUUGAAUAUUGGAUACCCUUCCUCACAAAAUGGCAUCUAAACUCCGGAUUUAUAUUUGGAUGUGUGUUGUUCUUUGUGCAACAACGAUUACAGAAGUAACAUCUUCCUGUAGCGUCCAGCCUCCUCAGAAAGUGCAGGUGAAAGAGACAGACGGGACAGGUCAUGUAAUAUUUAGCAUCAACACCCCAUCUACAACCAAGUGGGCGUUCACAGUCCGUGAACCUGUCAGCAUCCGGACCGAGUUGACGUCAUACUUCAGCCUCACCAGUAACACCACCUCCACCACCUUCACCAUCAACAAGACGCUGGACUUGGAGGCGAUAUACGAGAAAUGGGGCGAACAACUCGUGUUUGUCACGUUUUCCUUCACAUGUACGGAAAACGGUACGCCAGUGGGGGGUUCGUUGGAGAGGUUUGUCACGGUCACACCAGUCAACGAGUUCGACCCGGAGUUCAUCAACGCCCCAUUCACCAUCAACGUGACAGAGAACACCGCUCUCAACCAGCCGGUGUUUAAGCUGAAGGACCACGCCCAAGACAGGGACGUCAACCCUAACCAGGAGGAGAUAUAUGGCUUCAAUAUCAACCCGUACUACAACCCAGAUUUAGAUGGGAGGUUGCAUUUCACAAUCACACAGACACAGACUGGAGACAUCGGCGUCGCGCAGAAUCUGGACUUCGAAGCCAUGACCAUCAAACACUACGUGUUGAACGUGUCAGUGCAGGACAUUGGUAAGCGGGAAUCUUUCACCGCCAUGACAGUCAACAUCCUUGAUGCCGACGACCAGGAUCCCGAGUUCUACAACGAGAUAUGCAAGCCGGGGCAGUGUUAUACGUCAUACUCCGCCUCCGUCCCCGACACGUUUGUGGGUCAGAUAGAGAACAUCCUCCCAAACAAGAUCAUAGCGCGAGACAGGGACACACUCAACUACAGCGUGUCCUACCAUCUCAAGGGAACUAAUCCGUCUGGGUACGAUGCCUACUUCAGCCAGAACAGCGUAACUGGCGAUGUGAACGUCACCCAACCCUUGCAGACUGUAAAUGGAAACCUUGCUCAGAUAGUCCUGUUUCUACAGGCGAAGGAGGUUUCCGUUCAGCAGAGGGCGACUACAACCACGUUCCAGGUGAACAUUCAAGGCAGAGCUACCACCACAGUAGGAACUACUGCAAAGACUGGAGCUUUAAAGGAGGAAGGCGACAACACUCUUAUGAUCGUCCUUAUAGUGCUGGCGGUCAUCGUCUUCGUAAUGGCAGUGUCGUUCCUUGGCGUGGUCAUCUACUUAAAGAAACACAAGCGUCCAGUCAGCCCAUCGGUCUCGCCGUCCGUCAGCGAGAACAUGACGGACGUGGAUGACUUAUCCAUGGACGGGAAGGACCAGUGGCCGAAGAUGACGACAGCUCAGCUGGAAGCACUGCCCGACAAAGGAAGAGGGCAGGAGUUACCCUCCUUGAAGGACAUGGGCACCGGAACCGGAAAUGAGAAGAAGAACCGCAGAAGGAGAAGAAAGAAGGAGAGGAUGAGUGAGGAGUUUGAUGGAACACAGGAGUUUGAAGGCAGCGCAGAUGCGGAGUUCUUCUCUAGGAAGAAAACGCGUAUUAAGCAAUCUUCUCGCAGUAAAGAGAAGACCGACCCUAAAUACUGGAUAACUGUUGACAAUGACUACUGAUAAAGUCCCGAGAUGAGAUAACCUGUAUUAAACCACUCCAGGAAAGAGUGUAACAGUGACAAUUGUUAUAUUUUCGAGUAAAGCUCUUCCAUCAGUUUACCAACCCGUCCAAAGAUGAAUAUGCCUUCGUCUGAAUCUCAGAUCUAGUCGUCAAGUUUUUUUGUGAUAUUUUUUGGAAAUGUUGAAAACCCUUUCUUCAGAAAACAUACAGUGACUUCAGCAUUUCACACACCUAUAUGCUCCUGUAAAUAUAUACCGUUUGGUAACUUAUACACCCAUGUGCGAUCUGUGAUACAAAGCAAAAAUAGCAUUAUAUUUAUACACCCCUAUUAACGCAUUAUACCGUAGAAGUUUGUAUGAACUCCGUUGGUGUCAGGAAUUUACAUGCAUUUUGUUUUUGUUUAUUUUGUUUGGGCGUCCAAUGAUAAUAUAGCCUAGUUAGUAAAUACUUUCAUCAAGUGAUGUUACAUAUAUCAGUGAAAGAGUUUCACAAGAAUUGUCGUGUUUUGCUGAAUCUUUAGUUUCACAACUUUUAUCAGCCACAUGUGAAACUUGUACCUUCAAGAUAAUUUUACAUGUUACCAUUUCAUGGAACUUAACUGUUUUUCUUGUUUUCUUAAGCACAUAUUUAACAUACGCCUUUUUCCUAAAAUGUCCGUGUUCUGACUUGAGUCGUCUAAAAUAUAUUUUGUUGGUUUAUGUUCAAGAGGCAUUAAUAUUAAUAUUCUGAGAAAAUACCAGUUAAUUCACCAAGACGUGUUUCAAAAUGCUACAUGAUUCACAACGUUGAUGAGAUUUAAACCAGUCAUUAUGAAAGAUUAAAUAGUCUUAAUCGAAGGCCUGCUGUGUCUGUAGUGUAUAUCGACAUGUAUGCAUUUUGCAUUUGAAUGGCUAGAUGUAUUUAUAAUAGAAACAUAAUUAUGCUGUGAAUAUUAUAUUUUAUCUUAUUGUAAAUUAUAGAAAUAAAUAUAUAGAAAUAAAUGUCAACGACCAUA